AUGAAGACCGAGUCUGCUGAAGGGUCGACGGCAUUGACCGCCACCGCGACGGCGACAGAGAUGCUGGACCGCCAGGACUUUAUCGACAUGAACCGUGAGGUGCACGAGUACGAUGAAAUGCGCGAGCAGAUCAUUAAACGGUCACGAGAGAUUCUGAAAGCCAGCAAGCAGGCGAUCUUCGCGCUGCAUCGCAUGGACAGAGCACAAGCACUGAAGCUGCUCACGGACGCCGAAAAGGUGAUCCCGGAGCUCGUGGCGCUCGCAGAAAAGAACCCGUCGCUGCGAGACGGUGCACUGGCGUCUUCGCUGGAAGAAUACGUCGAGGCCAAGUGUCUGGGGCAUUACCUCGAGCACAAGCGUCUGCUGCCACGUCGAGACCUCUCGAUCGUGCAAAAGAAUGAGUAUCUUGGCGGCGUGAUUGACUUCACCGGUGAGCUCAUGCGACAUGCCGUCGUGAAAGCUACUGCACGAGACGUGGAAGAGGUGAGACGAUGCAAAAGUAUGGUAGAGGCCAUUUCUGGAGAGCUCAUCCAGUUUGACUUUCGGAACGGUCCACUGCGUCGCAAGUUCGACUCGGUCAAGUACAACCUGCGCAAACUGGAGAACACGCUGUACGAGCUGUCGCUGGUCACGAACUCGGGGCUGACUCUGCACGCACACUCGGUGCAAGAAGAACCGGCUGCAUCAACGCGCGAAGAGUGUGAAUAG